AUGCAGGUGGACGCAGUAAUUAUAAUGCAGUAUAAAGCAGCAGCAGCAGCAGCAGCAGCAACAGCAGCAGCAGCAGCAGCAGCAGCAGAUAUGCCUUGUGCUGUUGUUGCUGCUGCUGGCUGCAGCGCCUUUGGGCUUAUCGCUGAGCAGCAGCAAACGGCUCGCCAGGUGUAUAUGCAGCAGCAGCAGCAGCAGCAGCAGCAGCGGCAGCAGCAGCAGCAGCAGCAGCAGCAGCAGCAGCAGGAUUCGUUGUUCUUUUGGCUUGGUGGAUUCUGCAACCCGCUGAGAGCGGAAAGAGCGGCCUGCAUCGAGUCAGCCCUUCCUACUGCGUGGACUCUCUCGCGCUGUCUUCCUGCUGCUGCAGCAGAAGAUGAAAUACUUCUAUUGAAGGCAAGGCACGCAGACUCUAUAGUCCCCCCCUUUACCGAAGAAACAGAAGAUUGGGGUUUAGGGUUUGGGGUGUAUGUACACCCCAGCAUACAGCUCGUAGGCAACGCCUUUAUACACUACAUGCUCAGCAGCAGCAGCAGCAGCAGCAGCAGCAGCAGCAGCAGCAGCAGCAGUGUUGAGGGCAAGUGCAGCAGCAGCAGCAGCAGCAGCAGCAGCAGCAGUUUCAACGACAGCAGCUGCAGCAGCAGCGGCGGCGACGCUUUUUCUGCGAUUGCAGCAGCAGCAGCAGCAGCAGAAUCAGCAGCAGCAGCAGCAGCAGCAACAGAACCAGCACCAGCAGCAGCAGCAGCAGCAGCAGCAGCAGCAGCAGCCUACACGCACACAAACCCUCGCUACGCAACGCCGAAGGAGCGGAAGGACCUUGCAGACAGCUUUGCUGCUGCUGCUGCUGCUGCUGCUGCAGCAGCAGCAACAGCAGCAGGUGCAGCAGCAGCAGCAGCAGCAGCAAUCCCCAAGCUGUAUUUCUUCGAUAUUGAAAUCGCUCUGCGUUCGCUUGCAAGGCUGCUGCAGCAGCAGCAGCAACAGCAGCAGCAGCAGCAGCAGCAGCAGCAACAGCAACAGCAGCAGCAGCAGCAGCAGCAGGAGAAGGAGGCUGAUGAUUUGUUGCUGCAGGGUGUACUGGGCCGUCGUUUGCUGCUGCUGCUGCGCACCCACCCCGGUGCAGCAGCAGCAGCAGAAUGGGCUGCUGCUGCUGCUGCUGAUGUUUUUCAGCAGCAGCAGCAGCAGCAGCAGCAGCAAGUGCUGCUCCUGCUGCUGCUGCUGGUUCUUCUGCUGCUUCUCUAUCAACUGCAGCAGCAAGAACAACCGUACCAUCAUCAGCAGCAACACAAGCAGCAACACCAGCAGCACCAGCAGCAGCAGCAGCAGCAGCAGCAGCAGCAGCAGCAGCAGCAGAGCAGCUGUAUAGAGACCUUCCUCUAUGCGGGGUUCUUCUGCUGCUUCUCUAUCAACUGCAGCAGCAAGAACAACAGUACCAUCAUCAGCAGCAACACAAGCAGCAACACCAGCAGCACCAGCAGCAGCAGCAGCAGCAGCAGCAGAGCAGCUGUAUAG